AGCGCAUUUCCAUAAUUUCCAUUACCAGAACAGUGCUACUGGGGCAACCCUAAAGAGGGAAAAGAAUCACCGGGGUAAGACAACCCUUGGCCAUAUUCUUUUUCUCUCCGUGUGGUGAUUUUAGUCUGAAAAGUGUUGCAGUUAUUUGUGUUGAGUCUCCUGUCUCCUGUUUUCUUCGUUCUGCAGUGAAAAUGUACGCCGAGGAAGCGGAGCAAUACGACGAUGAGGAGACAGAGGAGAUCUCGUCUAAGUUGUGGCAGGAAGCUUGCUGGAUCGUUAUCAACGCCUACUUCGACGAAAAGGGUCUGGUGCGGCAGCAGCUCGACAGCUUCGACGAGUUCAUCAAGACGUCGGUGCAGCGGAUCGUCGAGGACUCGCUGCAGAUUGAGCUGCAGGCCGAGGCGCAGCACAAGACCGGUGAAAUCGAAAAGCCUGUAAAGUACCUCGUCAAGUUCGAGCAGAUCUACCUGUCGAAGCCGACUCAUUGGGAGCGGGAUGGUGCACCAUCGCCUAUGAUGCCCAACGAAGCCAGAUUGAGGAACCUGACUUACUCUGCUCCGCUUUAUGUGGACAUCACCAAGAAAAUUGUCAAGGAAUUGGAGGAUCCUAUAGAGACACAACAUCAAAAAACGUUCAUCGGAAAGAUCCCUAUUAUGUUGAGGUCUGAGUACUGCUUACUGUCCAGACUGUAUGAUCGUGAUCUAACUGAGUUAAACGAGUGUCCGUUAGAUCCUGGUGGUUAUUUUAUCAUCAACGGAUCGGAGAAGGUACUUAUUGCACAAGAGAAAAUGGCAACAAAUACGGUGUAUGUAUUUAGCAUGAAGGAUGGAAAAUACGCCUUUAAAUGUGAAAUAAGGUCUUGUCUAGAACACAGUUCGAGACCGACCUCGACAUUAUGGAUAAACAUGAUGGCAAAAAGUGGAGCAAAUAUCAAGAAAUCUGCCAUUGGCCAACGCAUCGUUGCCGUAUUGCCUUACGUUAAACAAGAAAUUCCAAUUAUGAUAGUCUUCAGAGCUCUUGGCUUCGUGGCCGAUCGUGAUAUUUUGGAGCAUAUUAUUUACGACUUUGACGAUCCGGAAAUGAUGGAAAUGGUCAAGCCAUCUUUGGAUGAGGCUUUCGUCAUCCAAGAACAGAACGUAGCUUUGAACUUUAUUGGUUCUCGAGGUGCAAGGCCUGGUGUGACGAAAGAAAAGCGUGUGAGAUAUGCCAGAGAAAUUUUGCAAAAAGAAAUGUUGCCGCACGUCGGCAUCAGUGACUUCUGUGAGACAAAAAAAGCUUACUUCCUUGGUUACAUGGUGCACAGACUACUAUCCGCUUCCUUGGGUCGUCGGGAGUUGGAUGAUCGUGAUCACUACGGCAAUAAACGUCUAGACCUUGCCGGUCCCUUACUUGCCUUUUUAUUCCGCGGUCUUUUUAAGAAUCUCAUGAAAGAAGUGCGAAUGUACGCACAAAAGUUCAUCGACAGAGGCAAAGACUUUAAUCUCGAACUUGCAAUCAAAACAAAAAUCAUCACAGACGGUCUGAGAUACUCGUUGGCCACUGGUAACUGGGGUGAUCAAAAAAAAGCUCACUUGGCCAGAGCUGGAGUGUCUCAGGUGUUGAACAGACUGACUUUCGCUUCUACUUUGUCUCACUUGAGGCGCGUAAACUCGCCAAUUGGACGUGAUGGUAAGCUGGCCAAGCCCCGUCAGCUACACAACACACUCUGGGGCAUGUUGUGUCCGGCCGAGACCCCCGAGGGAGCCGCUGUCGGUCUUGUGAAAAACUUGGCCCUUAUGGCCUACAUCAGUGUUGGCUCACAGCCAUCACCCAUACUUGAGUUCUUGGAAGAGUGGUCCAUGGAAAAUUUGGAAGAAAUCGCGCCGAGUGCUAUCGCUGAUGCGACAAAAAUUUUCGUCAACGGUUGCUGGGUAGGUAUUCACAGAGAUCCAGACCAGCUAAUGGCGACUCUGAGAAAGUUGAGGCGUCAGAUGGACAUUAUCGUAUCCGAAGUUUCAAUGAUCAGAGACAUACAAGAUCGUGAAAUUAGAAUUUACACUGACGCUGGCAGAAUCAGUAGACCUCUACUGAUUGUAGAGAAUCAGCAAUUGCUGCUUAAAAAAAGACACAUCGAUAUGCUCAAGGACAGAGAUUACAACACUGAUGGGUGGCAAGAACUCGUGGCCAGUGGUGUAGUAGAGUACAUUGAUACACUCGAAGAAGAAACUGUAAUGAUUGCCAUGUCGCCUGAUGAUUUAAGGCAAGAAAAAGAAUAUGCCUAUUGUACCACAUACACUCACUGUGAAAUCCAUCCAGCUAUGAUUUUGGGCGUUUGUGCCUCAAUUAUCCCGUUUCCUGAUCACAACCAAAGCCCUAGGAACACUUACCAAAGUGCUAUGGGAAAACAAGCCAUGGGUGUAUACAUUACUAACUUCCACGUGCGAAUGGACACGCUCGCUCACGUACUGUAUUAUCCUCACAAACCACUUGUUACCACCAGAUCUAUGGAAUAUCUGAGGUUCAGAGAAUUACCUGCUGGUAUCAAUAGUAUCGUAGCCAUUUUAUGCUACACUGGCUACAAUCAAGAAGACAGUGUUAUUUUGAACGCCAGCGCUGUCGAACGAGGUUUCUUCAGAUCAGUAUUCUACCGUUCGUACAAGGAUUCGGAAACAAAGAAAUUCGGCGAUCAGGAAGAGCAGUUCGAAAAGCCCAACAGACAGACCUGCCAAGGUAUGCGUCAUGCGAUAUACGAUAAAUUGGACGACGACGGUAUCAUAGCACCGGGGAUUCGUGUUUCUGGUGACGAUGUCAUUAUUGGCAAAACUUUAACUCUACCAGAAAACGACGACGAGUUGGAAAGUACCACUAAACGAUACACAAAGCGAGAUGCCUCGACAUUCCUGCGUAACAGUGAGACCGGUAUCGUCGACCAGGUCAUGUUGACCCUCAACAGUGAGGGCUACAAAUUCUGCAAGAUCCGAGUGCGUAGUGUGCGCAUACCUCAGAUCGGUGACAAGUUCGCGUCGCGUCACGGUCAAAAAGGUACUUGUGGUAUCCAGUACCGUCAAGAAGAGAUGCCUUUCUCGUGCGAGGGUCUGACCCCCGACAUCAUUAUCAAUCCCCACGCUAUUCCCUCGCGUAUGACGAUUGGUCACUUGAUCGAGUGCAUUCAGGGCAAGGUAUCUUCUAACAAGGGCGAAAUAGGUGACGCGACGCCGUUUAAUGACGCUGUCAACGUACAGAAAAUCUCCACGCUCCUAAUGGAGUAUGGAUACCAGUUGAGAGGCAACGAGGUCAUGUACAAUGGACACACAGGUCGUAAGAUCAAUGCCCAGGUCUUCUUGGGUCCCACAUAUUAUCAGCGUCUCAAGCACAUGGUGGACGACAAAAUUCACAGUAGAGCGAGAGGACCUGUACAGAUUCUGGUGAGACAACCUAUGGAGGGUAGGGCAAGAGACGGAGGUUUGCGUUUCGGUGAGAUGGAGCGCGAUUGUCAAAUUAGUCAUGGAGCAGCUCAAUUUUUGCGCGAGCGUUUAUUUGAGGUUUCAGAUCCUUACAGAAUACACGUGUGCAACUUUUGCGGGUUGAUUGCUAUCGCUAAUCUUCGAAAUAACACGUUUGAGUGCAAAGGGUGUAAAAAUAAAACGCAAAUUUCACAGGUUAGGCUGCCGUACGCGGCAAAAUUGCUUUUCCAAGAGUUGAUGUCGAUGAAUAUUGCACCAAGACUGAUGGUUACGUAAAUGAAUGUUUUCAACUCUUGAUACUGACUUUUUUUCUAUUAGCUAUAAAAUUGUAUGUACGUACUAGGUUUUUAGAAAUUAAGAUUUUUGAUGUAUUU